AUGAGAGACGAUGAUUGGGAAGAAUUUCUUCAGGAAGUGAAAAUUUUUUGCUCAAAACAUGAUAUUGAGAUACCUGACCUAGAAAGUUUCUACAAGAUUGGUCCUUAUCGUUCUCAUGAUCAAAUUACAAUAGAGCGUUAUCAUCACUUUAAUGUUUUCAAUGAAACAAUCGACUUCAUAAUGAUGGAAUUAAAUACAAGAUUUAAUGAUAUAUCAACUGAACUUCUCACACACAGUGCAGCUUUGGAUCCUAAAAAAUCGCUUGAAUCAUUUAGCAUUCAUGAUAUUUGUACACUUGUUGAAAAAUUCUAUCCUGGAGAUUUUUCAAAGCAAGAUAUUUGUUCUUUGGAUUAUGAUUUGCUACAUUUUGAGCUAGAUAUGAAGAAGGAAUCUCAAUUUCAAUUAUCUACACUUGUUCAGUUAUGUAGAUAG